AUGAAGCUCACAUCCCAACAACUUCUGCCUCUCCUUGCAGCCUUCACGGCCUCAGCCCUAGCCAGCCCAUGCUCCUACUUUGGCCCCGGCGCAUCAGGCAAUAUCGAGGGCCAAAGGGGCUUCAGAUUCUACAAUUCCGACCCAAAACACUGGAGCUGGAAUGCGCAAGGGGGUAGCGCGACUCUCCAAGACGACGGACAGAUUUAUUUCGAUGGGCCUGGUCGCGGUGGCGUCUCAGGACUGACUGUUGUCUACAAGAACGGCGAUAAAUACAUCUACCAGCCUCCCAAUGGUGACGACGGAUGGUGCACCAUGCCAGCAGGAAAGACCCUGAAUAUCGCCAACGUUUCUGGGUUUGUAGGUUAG